AACAACACUGGCCUGAAUCCCGUGCAUGGCUGCUUGGCCUCCAGUUCAGCUGCGGCUGAAGUUGCCUGCUGACUCAUGCAGUCGUAGCCAGCAGGAACUGGGAACAUGGCUUCUGCAGCCGCAGCAGCACUCGUGAGCUGGGGGUUUCUGGAUUACAAGACAGAGAAAUAUGUGAUGACCAGGAACUGUCGGGUGGGCAUCUCCCAGAGGCUGCUGCAGCUGGGAGUACUAGCCUACGUGAUAGGGUGGGCCCUCUUGGCCAAAAAAGGCUACCAGGAAUGGGACAUAGACCCCCAGAUUUCUGUCAUCACCAAACUCAAGGGUGUUUCUGUAACCCAGAUUAAGGAGCUGGAGAGCCGGCUGUGGGAUGUUGCUGACUUUGUGAAGCCCUCACAGGGAGAGAAUGUGUUCUUCCUGGUAACCAACUUCCUUGUGACACCAGCUCAAGUCCAGGGCAGAUGCCCUGAGCAUCCUUCCGUUCCUCUGGCUAACUGCUGGACUGAUGAGGACUGUCCUGAAGGGGAGACAGGAACAUACAGCCAUGGCAUAAAGACUGGUCAGUGUGUAGUGUUCAACGGAACCCACAGGACCUGUGAGAUCUGGAGCUGGUGCCCAGUGGAGAGUGGUGCUGUGCCCAGGAAGCCCCUGCUAGCUCAGGCCAAGAACUUCACACUCUUCAUCAAAAAUACUGUAACCUUCAGCAAGUUCAACUUCUCCAGAACCAAUGCCUUAGAUACCUGGGACAACACCUACUUCAAGCAUUGUCUCUAUGACCCUCUCUCCAGUCCGUACUGCCCAGUGUUCCGCAUCGGGGACCUUGUGGCCAUGGCUGGAGGGGACUUUGAGGACCUGGCAUUGUUGGGUGGUGCUGUGGGCAUCAACGUCCACUGGGAUUGCAACCUGGACACGAAAGGCUCUGACUGCUGUCCCCAGUACUCUUUCCAGCUGCAGGAAAGGGGGUACAACUUCAGGACAGCCAAUCACUGGUGGGCAACCUCAGGCGUGGAGGCCCGGAGCCUGCUGAAGCUCUAUGGGAUCCGUUUUGACAUUCUUGUCACUGGGCAGGCAGGGAAGUUUGCGCUCAUCCCUACGGCCAUCACACUGGGCACCGGAGCAGCUUGGCUGGGUGUGGUCACCUUCCUCUGUGACCUGCUGCUAUUGUAUGUGGAUAGAGAGGCCGGUUUCUACUGGAGGACCAAGUAUGAAGAGGCAAGAGCCCCAAAGGCAACGACCAACAACGCAUAGACUGAGCCAGCUUGCUCACCUGCUAACCCUGCUGCCCAAGUGUUUUAGGAGUGGUUUGCACCUGCCCCAUGCUGCUGCUGUUGGGACCCAGGCAUCCAUGCACCAGUGACCUCUCUGGAUAACUGUCACACACUGGCCGAUCCAUUCCUGAGGCUUACACCCUCUUCCUGUUGGUUAAAGUUUAGGGCUUGGGAAGGAGGAGGGUUGUGGCUUGGGAACAUUGAGGACAAAGCUUCAGCAGGACUGGAAAGGAGGUUGGGGUAACUCUACCAGACUCUACAUGCAGACUCCCUCCUAGGUUCAGCCUGGGAUGGGGGCACACAAUGUGUCUGAAUGAGUGGUGGCUGGUAUCCUUGGAACUUCCUAUAUGUCUGCUGGGAGACUCUGCCAUCCAGUUCAAGCUCUCCCCUCUCCCCGCCUCCCCACCCCACCCCCGGCCCUGGCUACCAGGUUUCUCAGGAGCCUAAGGUGUGAGAAGCUGCACAGCUAGGAUAUACUGCCAUCAAGUCAGUCCUGGCCACCUCAACCUACUUUGAAGUACCUGACUCUGGCUCCAGCCAGAGUGCCCUAGUUUUGAGGUAUGUUCUUCAUGGAGGGCACCGAGGUUCCUUAGGGCUGGCUGGUUCUGGAUCUGUGAGGCCUGAUUCUUCCCUUAGUGAGAUUUUCCCCAUGUACCAGAGCCCAUAGAAAGGAUGGCAAGGACAGGCUGCAGAAACUUUCUUGGUCCCAGUGUGGGCCACAGUUUAGGAAGUGUGCAUCCCGGGAAGUAAAGAGGCAGUUUUGUUGUGGAUGUGUGGUCACCAAGGGCGUGCCAAGACUGAGGUGAAGACAGCAGCAACAGCUGGGAUCUCCAGGCUUCCACAGCCUCCAAAAGCCUUUGGAAUCCUAGUGCCACUCAGCCUGGGCUGUGGCCUGCAAAGGGCUGGGGUGGGAAGGCAUGGCUUCUGGAGGUGGUUCACAUGGAAACAGUAGUCCUGGGGGCGGGGUCCAGAGAACCCUGAUGUGACUGCUGAAGUAAAGCUUGACAAAGCUGCUU